AUGGAGGACCGCCGCGGUCGUGGCGUCGAGGAUAAACUCAAGACGCUGAGGGACUACCGACGUGCACGUGGCUUGUGCAUUCGGUGUGGCGAGAAGUGGUCACGCGACCACAAAUGCUCAGAGACAGUGCAGCUGCAUGUCUUACAAGAAUUCUGGGAUAUUUGUCACUCAGAUGAGUCUGAAGCUUCUGAACCUCCUACUGAUUCAGUCCAAGAUGCUCAAGUCUUUCUGGCAGUUUCAGUUGCAGCUCUCAGUGGGAAAUCUUCUGUCAGCGCUAUUCAGUUUCAGGGCCAGGUGAAGAUAGCAGAUGGACAACUUAUUCAGUAUGACUGA